AUGGUCAACGGCGUGAGCUGUGGCUCUCUCUUCGGCUCCCCCGAGGCACCUUUGCAGGUGCCAGAUCUCACAGAAUACUGGGGAGCUCACCGUGUGGCCACCUGCGACGCACCGGUCUUUUGGCUGAACUUCUCGGUGCCAGAUAGCACGCGGCGGUACCUGGAUGUCAGCGCAGGCUCCUUGCAUCCUGCCUCCUCCUUCGGCUCCGGCAGGUUGCUGGGUCUGCGGGUCGAUGCGGUCGUCAUGUCCGAAGACCAGCCCGAGUUGGACACGUCCCAGCUCGAGAUUAGCCUGCCUCCAGGCAUGACGAAAGGCGUUCUGCUGCAGUCAGCGGAGGACGUGUCCAGCUGCAGGCACACCGAAACAGAGAUGGUCACAGAGGUCAACCAAGGCAUGUGUGCCUUCUACGACAGCUUCGGCCCUUGGGGAGUUUGGAGCUCGGUGCUUCUGGAUCGGCACGUCCCCAUCUCUGCGCCGGGUCUCGUCGGCGUCUGGCUGCGCGGCCUACAAACCGGCAACUUGGACCCUGAUACUGAGAGCAUGUCUUGCUUGCCACGACUAACAACAAGGUUCGUGUCAGGAUGA